AUGGCGACUUCACCGCAGCUGCGCCGCAGCCGCGCCAUCUUCCCAUGCGUCGACGGGCCCGUGUACUAUGAGCCCGGCUCUGCGUUCGUCUCGCCGCACACGUAUGACCUGUCUUUGAUCGUCGGCCCCGACGAUGUGGCGGUGGCGAGCGGCACGCUGGUGCAGCAGACGCAGGCUGUCGAGCAGCCACAGCAGCAGCAGCGCAACAGCGGCGGCAGCGGCGCGCAGCGCGUGGUGGCGCGCACGUUUGAGUAUUCAAUAGAUGUCCCGACGCUGCCGCAGCAUGUGCUGUUCGCCGCGGGGCCGUUUGAGGUGCUGGCUGCGCAGCAGCUCUUUGGCGGCGGGGCGACGGCGCGCGGCGGUGGCGGCGGGGCGGCGGCCGCUGCGGCAGGGGCCGGCGGUGUGGCCGCCGCUGCUAUUGCGGGGCCGCCAGUGGUCACGGCGUUCUAUCCGCGGGCGGGGUCGCGCACCGCGAGCGCCGGCCGGCAGCCGGGCGAGGCGCAGCAGCAGCAUCAGGAGUGGCGCAACAACUCCGGCGGGCGGGAGGACGGGGCGGCGGCGUUCGCGGCGCUGAGCCUCACGGGCGGCACGGGCGCCGAGGGGGCGGUCGGGCCGGCGGCGGUGCUGGCGACGCUGCGGCCGCUGGCGCUGGUGCUGCGGCAGUGCGAGAAGCACCUCGGCUGCCGGGCGCCGUUUUCGCACCUGCAGGUCGCCGUGCUGCCCGCGGAUUGCGUGGCCGCGCCCUACCUGUCCGGCCUCGGCUGCAUCCUAUUGAGCUCCGACCUGGUGGCGGCGGAGGGCAGCAUCGAGGCCGCCAUGGACGUGGUAGCGGCGCUGGCGGCCGCCAUCUCGCGGCAGUUCUUCGGGGUGCUCAUGCUGCCGCCGGCCCCAGAGGACGCGUGGCUGUUGGAGGGCCUCGCCUCCUGGCUGGAGGGCGGCGCGCUGCGCUCGCUGCUGGGGGGCAACGAGGUGGCGUACCGGCGCUGGCAGGAGCGGGUCGCGCUCGCGGCAGUCGACGACGGGGUGCAGCUGGCGCCGCUGAGCCAGGCGCGCUCCUGCGCGCGUGUGCUGGCGUGCGCCGCUGCAGCACUGGGCUGGGUGCUGCCGGGCAGCGAGCGGGAGCGCGAGAGGGAGCGCGGCGGCCGCCGCGACCGCGACCGCGACCGCGACGGGGACGAGGACGGCGGCGGCGGCGGCGGCGGGGCGCGCGGGGCGGCCGCGUACCAGGGACCGAGCGUGAACAAGGACACCACCACAGGGUGGGGCCUCGCAUACGGCAGCCAGUCCCUCGAGCCGUGGGAGGCGCGCCGCUGGAAGGCGGCCGCGGUGGUGCUGAUGGCGGAGCGCCGCAUCGGCGAGGGGGAGGAGUUCAAGCGCAUGCUGGAGCGCGUCGUGGUGGCGGCGCGGCCCGAGGUCGCAGCGGUCGAGUCGGCCGACCCUAUCAAGCCCCGCCUGCAGCUGAGCACCGCCUGGUUCCUCAAAAACAUGAGGCGCAAGGCCGAGGGCAGCGCCACCACAGCCAAGGAGGACGCCAACGCGUUCCGCGCCCGCUGGGUCAACGGCGCCGGCAUGCCCGUGCUGCAGGGCGCGUACGGGUACGACGCGCGCAACAGCGUGCUGCAGGUCGCGCUGCGGCAGGGCGGGGGGCUGCAGUGCCUCAAGGCGGCGCUGAGGUCAAAGGCCAAGGCGGAGGGCCUCAAGCGGGCUGGCGGUUGUGCAGUUCGGCGCAUGGCUAGGGCCGACGCGGCGGCGCGGUGCGGCGUGGCGGACGAAACUGGCGCUGGCCGCCGGCCAAACAAAGCGGCCGGCAGCUACGCGCGUCCUGGCGCAGGCGCCCCUGCUUUGGCGCUCUCCGCAGCCGUCGCCCGCCACGCCACCCCGACCCUUGUCAUGGUGCGGGAGCUUGGGGGUGAGGUGGAGCACCUGCUGUCCCUGGGGGUGGACGAGGCCCUGGCGCUGCGCAAGCUGGAGGUCAGCCUGGACAGGCAGUCCGUCAAGAGGGGGCCGGGGCGGCGCCCCAAGGAGCCCAAGGACCCUGCCACCGGCCCCGGCGUCAACCCCGACUCUGCCGAGAAGCUGGGCAUCCCAGAGUCAGAGCUGGCGGGCGUGGCGGCGCUGUGGGUGCGGCUGGACCCCAACUUGGAGUGGCUGGCAGACGUGCGGAUGGCGCAGCCCCUCAACAUGUGGCGCUGGCAGCUGCAGCACUCCAAGGAUGUAAUCAGCCAGGCCCAGGCCGUGGCCGGCCUGGCAGCCCUUCAGCCGGUGCAUGAGGGCGUUAUUGAUGUCCUCGCCGCCGCGCUGCGCCGCCCGACGCUGUUCUGCCGCGUGCGCGCCGACGCGGCGCUCGCGCUGGGCGCGACCGCGGGGGACGCGACGCACAUGCGGGGCGCGCAUGCGCUGGUCGGAUACUGGAGAGAACAGUGCUACGACCCGGUCACCGCAGCGCUGCGCCCCAACUGCUUCGCUGACACAGCGGAGUACAUAGUGCUGCGCGCGCUGCCCGCGGCCCUGGCCCUCGUCCGUGACUCAUCCAACCAGACGCCCGACUGGAUCAUCCACCAGCUGCUGGAGGCCCUGCGCGACAACGACAACUCCCACAACGCAUUCGACGACGCCCACUGGCUCGCCGGCCUCGUCAGCGCCCUCGGCAGCUGCCGCCCCGCCGAGAAGCGCCAGCUGGCGGCGAUCCUGUCGGCCAUCGACCGCCAGCUGGCGCACGAGGCCGUUGUGGGCACCCACCAGUGCGUGCUCGGGGUCGCGUGCCUGAGGGCGGUUGCUGACCUGGCGUGCCGCGUCGUCGCGCCGCCCGAGGCGGCGAUGAGCGACGGGCUGAGGGCGGCUUUCGGGGCGGACCUGCACGGGCUGACCGCGCACGCGGCCGCGGCGGCGGCGCGCGCGCUGCUGGCGGACGUGCGGCGGCUGCUGCGGCGCUACGCGGCGCCGGCGGCGCCGCGGCACAUGCGGGCGGCGGCGCAGGAGUGCCUGAUGCAGUCUAAUGUGUUGCAUUUUGAUUCAUAUUGA